AUGCCGGUGCAGGUGGUGGCCUCAGCAGCAGGAUCGCUGGAAACCAUCACGACCAUGCUAAUACUUUUGACAUCUGUCGUGGCUUCUAUUGUACGGGCUGUCUUUUGCUUUCUCAAUGAGUGGCGGCUGUGGUGGGGUUUACCUCCAGGAAGCAAACUGCCACCUAUGCCACCAUGGACUAGCAUCCGAGGGCAUGUUGAAUUGCUUCGAGAGGAUUUCCACCGAAAGAAGUGCAUUGAGUGGGCGAAAAAGUACGGACCCGUGCUAAGGCUCAACGUAAACCUGAUGAAUGUCGUCAUUCUAAAUGAUUUUGAGAACAUCAAGAAAUUCUGCAAUACAAAAGAACUGCUCUGGCGAUCUCAUAGCUUUUCUGGUUAUCGCGACAACUACAGAGGUCUGGGUCAGUUGAAUGGAAAAGCCUGGACCGCUAACAGAAGAUUUUGUUUGUCUAUGCUACGUGACUUGGGUUUUGCAAAGACUGCUAUGGAAGGUCACAUGAUGGAAGAGUUCCGCCGCGUCGCUGACAGCAUUGGCAAUGCCAAUGGAAAGCCUCUUGAUGUGAUGGGGUGCGUGAUGCCAUGCACGUUCAACAACAUCGUAUCCUUCUUCUAUGGUGGCCUGUUCACCCACGACCACCCGACGCGCCCGAAGCUCCAUCGACUGAUCAAUCGUGUGGGCUCCACAGUGUUCUCUAACACGGCACACCAAUUCCUACCAAAGAACGUACGGCGAAUACUUGGAUGGAUUCCAUUCACCAGAGAUCACCGCAUCGCACAAGUGCUCGCAGAACUUGAUACCUUUUCCAAAGAGCAAAUCGAAGCGUACAAGUCAACGAACUACGGAGAUGAAACUGGUGACUUCAUUCAUGGGUAUACGAGAAAGAUACAAGAAUGCCAAGGGGAAUUCGAGCCUUUAUUUACGGGCGUACAAGUUUUGGAGCUUUGCGGCAUCAUCCCAGUACUCGAUCGCUCCGACACCCUCAAGCUCACUCAACCAGCCGUCAACAUUUUCAUACUGCUGUUCGUGGAAGGGGCUGGGCAUGAGCGCAUUCUGGACGACGACUACCUCGUGGGAAAUGUAAACUCUUUCCUCAUGGCUGGCACCUUCAGCACAACCACGGCAAUGACGUGGCAGAUGAUAAAUUUUGCGCAAAACCCGGAUACCGUGCAAGCGCGGGUUCAGCGUGAAAUAGAUGAUGUGAUCGGGCAAGAACGCAUACCUACGUGGGAGGACCGGAAGCGGAUGCCCUACACGAUGGCUUGCAUCUGGGAACUGGAAAGAUGGAAGACUGGUGCUCCUCUCGGCGUGGCAAGGGAAUGCGCGGAGGAUGUAGUUGUUGGUGACAUCUACAUACCGAAGGGCACAAUUGUUAUUCCGAACAUUUGGGCGGUCCACAAUGACCCUAUUCUGUGGAAAGAUCCUACGAAAUUUCACCCUGAACGCUACCUCAGUGAGGAUGGAAUGACACUUUUGCAUAAGCCGGAACAUUUAAUACCGUUCUCCAUCGGUCACCGAUCUUGCGCCGGGGAGACGUUCGCGAGAAUGGAGAUAUUUCUUAUUAUCACAUUCCUGCUUCAGAAAUAUAAUGUCACACCGGAGCAGCCAAUCAACAUCAACUUCGACAAUCCUGAUACUUCUAUCUUGAAGAUCAGCCACAUCAAGUUGCGCUUUUUACCAAGAAAUAUUCGCAAAAACCAGUGAAAUGAUAUGCGCAGCCUAGUGUGAUUUCAUAGUGUUCUGAUGUAUGUAUGACCAUUGUCUGAAGAUAGAAUAAAAAAAAGAAGUUCGCCGAUGAACUGCGAAGACCUGGUGAAAUAAAAAUAUAAAGGGCUUCGCUCAU